AGCGGUUGCGCGCUGCUCGUGACCUUCAGUGUGCCAGAUUCAGCACAAUGGCGCCCUCCAGGAAGUUCUUCGUUGGGGGGAACUGGAAGAUGAACGGGCGGAAGAACAAUCUGGGGGAGCUCAUCAACACUCUGAACGCGGCCAAGGUGCCGGCCGACACCGAGGUGGUUUGCGCACCCCCCACCGUCUACAUUGACUUCGCCCGGCAGAAGCUAGAUCCCAAGAUUGCAGUGGCUGCGCAGAACUGCUACAAAGUGGCUAACGGGGCCUUUACGGGGGAGAUCAGCCCUGGCAUGAUCAAAGACUGUGGAGCCACGUGGGUGGUCCUGGGGCACUCGGAGAGAAGGCACGUCUUUGGGGAGUCAGAUGAGCUGAUUGGGCAGAAGGUGGCUCACGCCCUGGCAGAGGGACUUGGAGUAAUCGCCUGCAUUGGGGAGAAGCUAGAUGAGAGGGAAGCUGGCAUCACUGAGAAGGUCGUUUUCGAGCAAACCAAGGUCAUCGCAGAUAAUGUGAAGGACUGGGGCAAGGUCGUCCUGGCCUAUGAGCCUGUGUGGGCCAUUGGUACUGGCAAGACUGCGACACCCCAACAGGCCCAGGAAGUACACGAAAAGCUCCGGGGAUGGCUUAAGUCCAACAUCUCUGAUGCAGUGGCUCACAGCACCCGCAUCAUUUAUGGGGGUUCUGUGACUGGGGCAACCUGCAAGGAGCUGGCAAGCCAGCCUGACGUGGAUGGCUUCCUUGUGGGGGGCGCUUCCCUCAAGCCUGAAUUCGUGGACAUCAUCAAUGCCAAACAUUAAGCCCUGCCCGUCUCUGCUACCCUUCCUGCUGAGACAGGGACUAGGUAGCUCAGAAGCCCAGUAACUACUGCCCCCCGACCUUCACACGUGCUUCUGAU